UGCGUACAAGGACUGGCAGGAGUUGUGCGGAUUUCCAGACAAAGGAGAAUUCAGCAGAAAUGUCAAUAAUAUGGAAUAGUGAUUCUGUAUCGCCCUUGAAACCUAUAUCUAAAGAAAGUGAAAAAGCUUCAGAUCCAUCCUUUAAAGAUGUGUAUCCCCAGGUGGUCAUCGUGUGUAUCCUUCACUCAGUGUUCAUGCAGACAGGCAUCAACGUGUCGUACUCUGCGACCACCCUUCCUCAGCUAUUGGAGGAAGGCUCUAGUCUACGAGUGACCGAGGAUCAGGCGUCCUGGAUAGCCAGCCUGGUAGCCAUAGCCACCUUAGUGGGCUCCCUAGCCUGUGGGGUUCCCAUGGAUGUUUACGGUCGUAAGGCUACAGCUAUCAUCACCUGCCUACCCAUCAGUCUCGGAUGGGUCUUGUUAGCAUUUACACCCAACAAUGUAUGGAUCGUCUACAUUGCCAGAGUCCUCACUGGGUUGGGUGGAGGUAUGACAACCGUCUGCCUUGUAUACAUCGGAGAGAUCUGUCACCAGCAGUUCCGGCCGAUGCUGUUGUCUCUCAACAGUGCCUUUGUGAGUCUUGGCAUCGUAGUUACCAACAUUCUUGGGGUGUACCUGCACUGGCGCACAGUGGCGUUCUGUUCUGGGAUGUUCAGUGUGGCUACUUUACUGGGUAUCUGGUUGUACUGUCCAGAAAGUCCACAAUGGAUCAUCACAUAUCAGCCAGACAAUCUCAGUGAAGCCAAGAAAUCACUGGACAGACUCUACACCAACAAGGCUUUUGCCCAGACAGAAUAUAACAGACUCCUAGAUUCUCAUCAGGCGCGGCAAGUCAACAAACAACCAAGUUCAAACUUCCUCAAAGAAGUCUUCAAGGGUCAAAACCUGAUCCCGCUUCUAGUCCUGACUACGAUCUUCCUAUUCCAACAACUCUGUGGAUCAUAUCCGAUAUUUUUCUACGCUGUCAAUCUGUUCGAGUCUAUCGGAACGAGUGUAGACAAGUACGAAGCUUUGAUUCUGCUUGGAGUGGCAAGACUGAUCAUCAGUUUUGUUACUGCAAUGGCCUCCAAGAAGAUCGGAAGAAGGCCUUUAAUGAUUGCUUCUGGUAUUGGUAUGACUGUGAGCAGCGUUGUUGUUGCAGUCUUCUUCAGUCAGAGACCUUAUGAGGGUCUUUUCGCUCAUGCAGGUAACCAAACCGAUCUCACGACUGUGACCAAUGCAGACCCAUACUCUUGGGUUGGAGCUGCCUCGAUUCUCAUCUACGUAAGCAUGACCGCUUUCGGGUUUCUCAUCAUUCCUUGGAGUCUAAUCGGAGAGCUUUUACCAAUGUCCAUACGAGGCAAUGGAAGUGGUUUCAUCAUAUGUUUUACUCACAUAAUCAUGUUCGGCGCAGUAAAAUAUUUCCCACAUUUUCUAGAUGUGUUCAAAAUUUCUGGGGCAUUUUACUUUUUCUGUUUUAUCUCCGUCUCGGGAACAGUCUUUGUGUAUUAUUUCCUUCCGGAAACUCUAGGUAAAAGUUUCGAUGAUAUAGGAAAACAUUUUGAGUCCUUAAGGAAAGGAAGGCGUACAUUGGCUGUGUAAGUUUUCUAGUCAACAAACUAGUCAACAAGAAGUUGAGUAAUAUUUGAAUUAGUUGUAAGAGGAGAUUUUUAUUGAUUUCUUAAGACUGAUGAGGAUUAUGUUUAUUCUUCAACUAGCAAAGUAAGCGUAUUUUAGCUGAAAUAACAGGUUAAAACACAAACAGAAAUACUUCGUUACAGCAAUAAGGACUUGGUGAUUUUCUGACUUUUUUUAAAACACAGCAUCCUCUACAUCAAGGGAAACUUAGAAAGUAGCUUUUCUGUGAUGCUUGUUUACAAACUAUUUAUUUUCUUUUAACAAUUGGUAUGUAUGGACAAUUUCUAAUGAUUACCGUGGAACUUAAGAAUAAUAAUAAAAGAACUUUGAAUAGUAAUACUUUUAAAAACUAAUUAUAACAAUUAUUUGCACAGAGAAUUAAACUAUAGAGGAGACAUUCAUUGGUACAAUUAAGGGUGUCUAGUAUUGGUCUCUGGUGUCUAGGAUCACACCACCCCUUUGCCAUCAUGUACUACAACGCUAACGGUGGAUGAAGCCCCUGUGCCCUGUGCAAUAGGAAUUUCCGCAAAGUGCUUGCCACACAGAAUCUUCCUUGCUCGUCACAAGUAUAUUUCUGGCACAACAUACCAUAGCUGAAAGCGAACGGUCAUCCCAUAAGUGUGUUCCUCUGUACCUUACUGCUCUGUCCAAUUAGUUAUAUCGAAAUUGUGUCAUCUACAAAAAAAUAUAUAUAUUUCAUAACAAGAUUAGAAAGUGAGUCAUUACUUAUUUGAGAUCAUGUUUGAAGUAAGAGAUUUAUCAAGCACUUAUGGUCGAGAAUAUGUAUAGACUCUCUUCCACUUGUUUUUUUUUUAGCGUUACUUUUCACUACACCACAAAGAUAGUUUUUUCGUAGUUAAAACAGACAUUGGAUAUUUCUUUAUUACAGUUAGGAACAUUACUAAACAUACUCAUAGCAUUUUUUAGGUUAUUAUUCCUUCAAUUUAAAGUUAAUACUUAUAUUAAUUGUACAGUUUUGGUUGUUGCUAAUUGAAACAGUUGACAAAAAACAAAUCUUUGUUUGUUUAUGUCGGCAAAAUUAAAAAAAGAUAGUAAACAUUACUUUCACAUAGUGUUAGUAUAUUUCGUACCUAGGGCCGAAAAUGAGGUUUUGCCGGUUCGAGAUAGUUUUAAAACGAUCGAGAGCUGCAAAACCAAUUGGGUCUGUGGUAUGAACGGUAUUUCUCACCACACUAUACCCUAUUACCACUAUUCACCAAAAUAAUAAUGCACACUGAUAGUCAACACAACUACAACUUUAAGGUUAUGUGAAGAAAUAAGUAGAGGAAUCAGCAAAAAUAAUAAUAAAUAGUUGCUAGGCAGCGUUGACAAUAAAACAAUUCUAUUGCAAUACUAUGGGUACUGAUUGUGAUUAAUAUGCAUUCAUGUUUUAAGAAAGUAAGCGGGCAGCUGAUUUUGCGGCCCUAGGGAUGUAAAAACCUGCUCGGUCCCCAAAUGACAAUGACAGCUGGCAUGGCCAUUAAUAGUAUAUUUCGUACCUAGGGCCGAAAAUGAGGUUUUGCCGGCUCGAGAUAGUUUUUAAGUUCGAGACGAAGUCGAGAACUUAAAUCGAUCGAGAGCUGCAAAACCAUUUCUGCCCGUGGUACGAACGCCAUUUUUCACCACACUAUACCCUAUUACCACUAUUCACCACUAUAAUAAUGCACACUGAUAGUCAACACAACUACAACAUUAAUAAGGUUAUGUAAAGAAAUAAUUUGAGGAAUCAGCAAAAAUAAAAAUAAAUAGUUGCUAGGCAACGGCGACAAUAACACAAUUCUAUUGCAAUGCUAUGGAUUUUGAUUGUGUAUUUAAAAUGCAUUCAUGUUUUAAGUAAGCGGACAGCUGAUUUUGCGGCCCCGGCCUGUAAAAACCUGCUCGGUCCCCAAAUUUCGAUGACAGCUGGCAUGGCCAGCAAAACGUAACUUUCAGCCACCAAUUAACGUAUGUAAUACAGCCAAAAACAUCAUAGUGUGGUGAAAAAUGUAUGUUCAUCCACCUAUUAACGUAUCUAAAACAGCUAAAAACAUCAUAGUGUGGUGAAAACAUUUGUUUGUGUAGUAAACAAUGAAAUGAGGAAUUUUUGCAGGUGAUAAACAUAAACAAAAACGGGUAAUUUCACAGGGUAGCGGAAAAAUAUUACUAAUAGCAAACAUUUAUAAGAAAAUGUAGUAAUACUGUAUGUACACUCUUCUUCCUAAUGAAUACUUUGAAUAGUAAUACUUUUAAUUACUUUUUCUAAUAACUCUAUAGGGUACCGGGUUAAGGCAAACCUUAUUAAUGCAAGCACAAUGUGGUCUAAACAAAAACAACUUUCAAUGUUUUUAUAUUUUUAACAAUUUAAAAAUUAAAGAAAUAAGCCU